AAGCUCAACGCAGAGCCAGAGAGGUUGUACGCGUCACACCCUUCCCUCGCCCGCCGCCGCCUUCCCCUCGCGUCCGUCCGUUCGGUUUGGUUAGGGUUUCGGCCGACGCCACCGCCGCCAUGGCGAUCCUCUCGGCGCUCGGCACCGAGGUGUUCAUCCCGGUCGCCGCCGUCAUCGGCAUCGUCUUCGCCGUCGUGCAGUGGGUGCUCGUCGCGCGGGUCAAGGUCACCCCCGGCGCGGCCGGCGCUACCGGCGCCAAGAACGGCUACGGCGACUACCUCAUCGAGGAGGAGGAGGGCCUCAACGACCACAACGUCGUCGUCAAGUGCGCCGAGAUCCAGACCGCCAUCUCCGAAGGAGCAACAUCAUUUCUUUUCACUAUGUACCAGUAUGUUGGUAUCUUCAUGAUCAUCUUCGCGGUCUUGAUCUUCUUAUUCCUUGGGUCGAUCGAGGGAUUCAGCACAAAGGGCAAGCCCUGCACCUAUAGCAAGGACAAGAUCUGCAAGCCAGCUCUUUACACUGCUCUCUUUAGCACUGCAUCUUUCUUGCUUGGAGCCAUCACAUCUUUGGUGUCUGGUUUCCUUGGAAUGAAGAUUGCCACGUAUGCAAAUGCCAGAACAACCCUCGAAGCAAGGAAGGGUGUUGGGAAGGCAUUUAUCACCGCUUUCCGCUCUGGUGCAGUUAUGGGCUUCUUAUUGUCAUCAAGUGGUCUUGUGGUUCUUUACAUUACCAUCAACGUAUUUAAGGUGUAUUACGGUGAUGACUGGGAAGGUCUUUUUGAGUCCAUCACUGGUUAUGGUCUUGGUGGGUCUUCCAUGGCUCUCUUUGGAAGAGUUGGUGGAGGUAUUUACACAAAGGCUGCUGACGUGGGUGCUGAUCUCGUUGGCAAGGUUGAAAGGAACAUUCCUGAAGAUGACCCGAGGAAUCCAGCUGUGAUUGCUGACAACGUUGGUGACAAUGUUGGUGAUAUUGCUGGAAUGGGAUCAGAUCUCUUUGGUUCAUAUGCAGAAUCUUCUUGUGCUGCUCUUGUUGUUGCAUCUAUCUCAUCUUUUGGAAUCAACCAUGAUUUCACUGGGAUGUGCUACCCACUGCUUGUGAGCUCUGUUGGCAUCAUUGUCUGCUUGUUGACCACAUUCUUUGCAACUGAUUUCUUUGAGAUUAAGGCUGCAAAUGAAAUUGAACCCGCUCUAAAGAAGCAGCUCAUUAUCUCAACUGCUUUGAUGACUGUUGGUGUCGCGAUAAUCAGCUGGUUGGCUCUUCCAGCCAAGUUCACCAUCUUCAACUUUGGUACACAGAAGGAAGUGGCCAACUGGGGCUUGUUCUUCUGUGUGUCAAUUGGUCUGUGGGCUGGUCUCAUUAUUGGGUUUGUCACAGAAUACUACACUAGCAAUGCAUACAGCCCUGUGCAAGAUGUUGCAGAUUCCUGCAGAACUGGUGCUGCUACUAAUGUCAUCUUCGGUCUUGCUCUGGGAUACAAGUCAGUUAUCAUCCCAAUUUUCGCUAUUGCUGUCAGCAUCUAUGUCAGCUUCUCUAUUGCUGCGAUGUAUGGCAUUGCAAUGGCCGCUCUUGGCAUGCUAAGCACAAUGGCAACUGGUCUUGCCAUUGAUGCUUAUGGUCCCAUUAGUGACAAUGCUGGUGGAAUUGCUGAGAUGGCCGGCAUGAGCCACAGAAUCCGUGAGAGAACUGAUGCUCUUGAUGCCGCUGGCAACACGACUGCUGCUAUUGGGAAGGGUUUCGCCAUUGGUUCAGCUGCACUGGUGUCCUUGGCGCUUUUUGGUGCUUUUGUCAGCAGGGCUGGAGUGAAGGUUGUUGAUGUCCUUUCUCCCAAGGUAUUCAUUGGGUUGAUUGUUGGAGCUAUGCUCCCAUACUGGUUCUCUGCCAUGACCAUGAAGAGUGUUGGAAGUGCUGCUCUCAAGAUGGUUGAGGAGGUUCGCAGGCAGUUCAAUACCAUUCCUGGGCUGAUGGAGGGAACAGCUAAGCCAGACUAUGCAACCUGCGUCAAGAUCUCUACCGAUGCUUCCAUCAAGGAGAUGAUUCCUCCUGGUGCUUUGGUUAUGCUCACUCCCCUCGUUGUCGGAACCUUCUUUGGUGUGGAAACUCUUUCUGGUGUUCUGGCUGGCGCUCUUGUUUCUGGAGUACAGAUCGCCAUCUCUGCUUCCAACACUGGCGGUGCAUGGGACAAUGCAAAGAAGUACAUCGAGGCUGGUAACAGCGAGCACGCCAGAUCCCUUGGUCCCAAGGGAUCAGACUGCCACAAGGCUGCCGUGAUUGGUGACACCAUUGGAGACCCCCUCAAGGACACCUCAGGCCCGUCGCUCAACAUCCUUAUCAAGCUCAUGGCCGUCGAGUCCCUCGUGUUUGCGCCAUUCUUCGCGACAUACGGAGGCGUUCUGUUCAACUACCUCUAAAGGACUCACAUUAAGCGGACCUAUGAUCUACGGACAUCCAUCACGAAUAAUUCCUUGCCAGUCAGUUCGUAUGUUGCGCUGUUGCUUUUGGUUCUCUCAUAUGUCGUUUCGGGAUAUUAUUAUUGCAUUACCUACCGUUUCGGUCUCUUGGGGCCUUGAGGGUGUUACCUUAGUCUUACUCACGGCUUGUAGUAGCUCCAUGUAGAAGAGACCAGAUUGUGCACUCUCCCGUGGUGUAUGUCUGGCAAAUUUUCCUCGUCUCCUGAUGACGACGAUGACGAUAAUGUUGAACCCUUGAACAAUGAUAUGAUUAUUAUUGCAUGUCAAUGGUGGUUGCAAGUCUAUUUUUUUCUGAAACUAA